GUGAUAUAAUGGCUCAGAAAGAUGCCAAUCAACUUGGAGGCAAAACAUCCUACCUUGAUGUCCAGGUGUUGUGGCCAAAGAAUGUCACAAAAUGGAGAAGAAUUAAAAAGGUUGAUCCUUCUUUUGAGUUUGUUGAGAAGCUUAAGGAGACUGGCACCUCAAUUUGGUGUCCACUCCUCAAGGCUAAAUGUAGAGAGAUCACAUCUAGGAAUUUUGCCAUUGUUAAUAUGGAUGUGAUGGUUGGUAUUGCUCAGACCACCAUCCUUCUGUCCCAUCUCUAG